GAGCAGGAACCGGCGUCAUAGGUUUGCGACGUCAAUGAUGACGUUCCAAGUAGCGACAUUGAAUCGUAUCGGUCUAGUAUUUUGUUUACAAAUAAGAGUUUCAUCAUUUAUUGACUACAUAAAAUAACAUAUUUUCUUCAAAUUAGUUCAAAUGUAUGUAAAUUUACUAUCAACGUUAUUCGGUGAAGGCAGACCAGUUAAUCCAAUGGAACGCAAAUUGCCAUGGAAGGCAAUUGUGUAUUUAAACGCUUAAAUGAUGAUGAUAGAAUUUUAGUCAGUGCACACAGACACAAUGGCUUCUGAUGGAGAACAUUGUUGCUCGUGCUGCACCCUCCCUGUCUCUUCCAGUGUUUUCCAGACAGUGAAUGAGAUGGACUUUGAACGAGGUAUCUGGUCUGCCGCCAUGGAUGGAGAUUUGAGGCGGGUUCAGUCACUGAUCCAAAAGGGCACUCAUCCAAACCUCAGGGACUCAGCUAGAUAUACAGCUCUACACUAUGCAAGUCGCAGUGGUCAUCUCACUGUAUGUAAGUUUCUUCUCGAAAAUGGUGCUUGUGCAUCUCCUCAGACACCAGGCGGUGCCACGCCUCUCCAUCGGGCAGCAUUCUGCGGUCACGUGGAUGUCGUUAGAUUGCUGCUACUCCAUAAAGCCGACCCAAUGAUCUCUGAUGAUGAUGGUGCGUCUCCUCUACACAAAGCUGCAGAACAAGGUCAUGAAAAGGUGUGUCAGCUCCUUCUUGAGGCCUGUCCCACACUUUGCAGCCAGAAGAACAAAAGGCUCCAGCUACCCUUCCACAUGGCCCCUCAAGAACAUUUGCAGAAGAUUCUGAAGCAAUUCCAGUAGAUUAAUCCCACCCAAGACUAAUUGAGCAUUCGAAGGCUUGCUCUAAGAAGCAAGAACACGUACUACCCUGGAAACGUGUCCAGGGGGGUCCUUACUUUCUCAGAUCUUCAUAAUGCCUUGUUACCACAAUCCAAGUGUUCAUGCCUCUGUCUAAAUUGUCAGAAUGUUGGUAUUGUAACUGGGAUUUUAUGUUCAAUUCUAAUAAUGACUGUUCUCUUUAUUCUUGUUCCUAUUACUAAAACCCUACAUACUCUUAUUUA